GUUGUAUAGGUGCGAGGUCCGCGGCUCGUGAUUUUAACCAUCUGUUCUACCUUGCUGCCUUGAACGGACUGCUCCGUCAUGGCGGAAGGAAGUCCAUCCAAAAAACGCGGUCGCUAUGUGAUCGCCUUCUGCCUGGUGACGGGACUCGCCCUCGCUCUCGUCUACGGCUUCCUGCACAGGUCAUCCACUAAGAGAGCAGCCACGGUCAACCUAACUGCACUUUUUGCUGGAAAUGGAACGAUGGGCAAACAAUCAUUGGAAAAGCCUGGAAAUUCGCCUACGCCGAAUCUUGACCCCAACAAGUUAAUACCAGGAGGCCUUGCCAUCGCCAGGCAACAGAAUGGUUCAAGGCGUAUUGACAUGAGGCUUCCAGAACUGAAUAAUUCUGGAAAGCCAUUGUCCGGCGACUCAAGGAGCAGAGAACGUGCGACCGAUAUUAACGCUGAAGGCCCUGGAUAUCUAAUCUGCGUCGUAUCAUCAGCUUCAACAGUAAUGUUGCAAUUUCCCAAACAGUACUGCACGCACCUGGUUUACAGCGACGUCCACUUCAACCCUAUCACUCACAAAAUAGAACCUGUGAACGACGCGACCUUCAUGACAUUCGAGACCAUGUCCGUCACAGCUGGAUUGAAGUUGUAUGUCGCGAUAGGAGGCGUAACCCUGCAGGGUCUUGUAGGGAACGAAACUGUACUCAAGACCCUCGUCGGUCACGUAGUGCCCUGGGUUACGGCUCGAUUCUUCCACGGAAUCGCUUUCCUCGGAUGCUCCUGUGCGUCAAACGAGCUACCACGACUGAGACCAGUUCUGGAGAUAAUUUACAACUCCGUGGCAAACUCAAGCAAGAAAAGCAAGAUGGGCCUCAUUGUAGGCAUGUCUCUGAAAGACUACGGUUCUCCAAUAACAUCUGUAGCACAGAGACUGAGCUACAUCACACCGUUUAUAUCGAUCUUGGUCCUUCAAACUCAUUAUAUCCCAUCGUCAGGAGACGUUUGCAGGACAGUGUUGCCGUCCUCACUGUACCCGCAGACCAAGGCUCCCGGAACCCUGCCAAUAAUGACAUCUCUGGAGUGUAUGGUGCGACUGUACAUCGAUUACAAGCAGCUUCUACAUACCUGUUUCUCGCUCAGUAUGAGCGCUUUUAUAUUCCACAAUUCAUCGGGACCUCUGUCUCGCUGUGCUGCAUUUUCGACUGAGAACGUGAUGAAGGUGUGUGACUCUGAUACUUGGAGAAGUGUUCGGCUGAACAGCACGGAUAUCUUGGUUGAAAUGCGGCUACGUGGUAGUGACUUGGCACUGCAUGAAGGAGGAGGCGGUCUUCCUGUCAAGAUAUCUCGGGCACUGAGCAAGUAUCCUCUAGCAUGUGUCGCAGUCUUCGAUGUCGACCAAGACGAUUACGAAGGUGUCUGCGGUGAACCAUAUGCAAGUCUGGCUUCCAUACGCAAAUCACAACUUCGUUGGAAACCGCCGAACAUUGAGGCUAACGCAUCGGUUGUUCCAUUGGUAACCGAAACCUUGCCGCCUGACAGCCGUGCGCGUGGUUCAGUACGCAACCAGAACUGCAUGCCCUCUGGCAGAGAGUCUAGGGUACCAUUAAUAUGCAUCUUGUCAGACCGCACCGAUGUUCCGAGGACGGUGACGAAGCAGUUUUGUACCCACAUUGUGCUAUCUAUUCGAGGUUACGGUCCAGAGAUAAGAAGGAUUGAGAUAAUUCAUCCAGAGUACCUGGCAGGCUUUAUAGACAGCGACGCUAAACUGCUACUCGCCAUUGAUGAAUCUGUCCUGCAAUCGCCGAAUAUACGAGAUAUCGCUGAUUACACGGCGCAUCAGCUAAAGGGUCGCAAUAUGGAUGGCCUAGCCUUCCUCUACGUCUCCAGAUCCAGCCAGCAGCUCAUUCAACUGGUGAAGAAGCUUCAGGUGCUGCAUAGUGUGUACGAGGCCAACUCUUUAUGUCUGAUGCUUGGAGCGGAACUGAGUGAUUAUAUCCAACCACCCGAAGAUAUCUCCUUCGCUCUAGGAACUGUUGCACAGUUCGUCGACAUCCUUGUUGUACAGACGCACUAUUCAGAAAACAUGGGAUUGUGCCAAGCUGUGCCAGUCUCGAACUUUGAGCAACCGGGGUGGUCUUGCGUCCCACGCGUCGCCAUUGAGACUGCACUGAACUGGAUGAGACUCGCUAACAUUACCUCCACGUUACCGAUCAGUUGCUUUUCUGUGGACAUGAGAGUACUCCGGUACACGAUGCAAGACGCAUUAGCACUUGAGCGAGACUGUUAUACCGAAGAUAGCGUGGACUUUGGAAAGGCGUGCAUGGACGAAGGUUGGGCGUCCGCAUAUGACUCGUCCACGAUGACGAUGGUGGGAACAAAGGGACACAGUCUACAGUCUUUUGAAUCGCCGCAGACACUGUUGAAGAAGAUUUCUGCUGCGAGGAAGAUUUUCCCGGACGCAUGCGUUGCAGUGUUCAACUACGAUUAUGAGGACUGGCAAGGCGUUUGUCGCUCUGACUCGUACGCCCGCAUGGAAGCGAUUAGGAUAGGCUUAGACAACCUAGCGACUGAAGAUAAUACCACCGGCGCCGGUGCAGAGGACUUGUUUCCAACUGCAGAACCGUUGUUUCCUAUAAAAUAUGCAGCGAAUCCCACUGCAGCAUCCUCUCCAGAGCCUCCCCUUACUUCUGAUGGAAGACCUUUAAUCUGCGUGCUUUCGGACGGAGAGUAUGUGGAAAAUCAGAUUCCUCGGAAAUACUGCACUCACCUUGUACAUCUGGGAGCGUCCUUCAACUUUUCCACGUCUAGCUUGAUAGUUCCUGAUUCUAUAUGGAAAUAUGCUCUAUUGAGGCCCAACAUGAGACACUACCUGGGCUUCAACAGCAUAGUUUCGGCUUACUUCACUUACACGGGACCUGGAACAGGCGAGGGCUUCGCUACUGUUACUGCACUCACACUACGUUCACGCCAGUUUAACGGUAUCGCAAUCAUCAACGUCAACAAAACAUCAAGGUCAUCUUCAAGGCUCAUUCCUAUUCUGAAGGCGAUCAAGAAGGUAUACGCGGGAAGCCUAGAUGUUAUUGUUGGAUUGGAGAUUACAGAUCUAUCGGUGCCGCCAAAGACGCUGGCUACAAGGAUGUCUGACAUCACUCGGUACGCGGAUGUGGUUAUUCUCCAGACGCACUAUAGAGGUCCUGCGGGUUACUGUCAAGUCGCAUUUCCGUCGAUAUACAACCCGGACAGCAGAAGUCCUACGGCUCCAUUAGUGGCUGCUCUGGAAUGGGCGCGGACCCUCUCAGGAAACCAACACACCUGUGUAUCCUUUAGCAUGGCGGUACAAGAGUUUUAUGGUUCUGAGAAGUUGUGUAUUGGUCUUCGUUUUCUCCUUUAUGAGUCGUUAUGCCCGGCAGAGAACUACGUCGAGGAGACCAACAGUUCAGGCUCGUUUUGCAACCUCAGACACAGGGAAGGCGUCUGGCAGACAUUCGAAACUCCGGAGUUAAUAUCUGUUAAGGUGUCUAUGGCUCUUCAGAGGUACUCUUUAGCCUGCAUAGCCCUCUAUAACGUCGACUACGAGGAUUACAGGCACGCGUGUCCGCAACGAGGGGACAAGUUCGCACGACUGGCGGCGGUAGACGCAGCUUACAAGGCACCUCACGGGGCACUCAAUCAACCGAAGAAGACAUCCGAAGAGGCCGAAGAAAAUCAUCGGCUCAUUCUCGAUCCAGAAGCUUCGCGGCUUCCAGAGGAAGAAAAGUUCCGAGAGGCACCGCUGAUCAACGCUACAGGAGACCGUCCAUUCCUCUGCUUCCUGAGCAUUGCCUGGCGGGACACUCAUUCUGUUCCUAAGCAUUACUGCACCCAUAUUAUAUUCGAAAUUCCGCACGAUUCUCAGGAUCUUCUUGAUGUUCAAGUGCUGAUCGACGAGGUUAGGGAACAGUCUAAGCCUGGACGAAAAUACCUGCUUGGCGUCCGAUUUAUUCCACGAGAUAACGCCACACGCUACAUGGAGGACUUGGCUCAGCUGACAAAAGACCUUGACAUGGAUGGUGUUGCCGUUAUUGAUCUGCGCAUGUUCAGCAUCUCUGUUGGAACUAUUGUGGAUUCGAUAAAGACAUUACGGGAGUCCCUUCACAACAGAACCGUGGUCAUUGGGAUUGACGUUGCGGACUUUUCCCGGAAGCCUACCGUAAUAGCUGGAAAUCUCAAGCCUCUUCUACAGUUCACGGACGUGCUCAUCUUUCAAACCCACUUCCGUCAACUUUGGAAGUUCUGCAGGACAUCUCAUGUCUCCGUGUUCAAGGAUACAGAAAACACGUGUCUCCAAAGUGUGCCAAUGACAACUGCGUUGAAGUGGAUGAAAAAACUGAAUAGUAACGUCAAGCUGUGCAUGUCCUUCAACAUGGCUGCCUUGAAGUUCGACUUCACUGGGAAUCCUGUUCCCGGAGCUCUCUGCUCCAAAGUCACAGAAACUGCUCAGAUAUGCGAGACGGGUUUUACGAAAGAGGACUCUUCGGACAAAUCCUUGACUGUUUUUCGGUAUAAGAGAGGUCGUUGGGUGUCGCUAGAAAGUGAAGAGCUCAUCAAAAAGAAGGUAACUACGAUACUCUCAACGUAUACUAAGGCUUGCUUUGCGGCGUUUAAUGCCGAUUACGACCUUAAUACGGAGGCCUGCAGCAAAAGAAAAGAAAAUUUUGCACGCUUGAAGCAGAUUGGGAGAACUGCAAGAUACCCACGAGAUGUAGGCCAAGCAAGACGAACCACUGGGAAACCCACAACGGAACAUACAGAAAGCUUCGUUCCGCUGGAGCAGAAGAAUGUUUCUGGGACCCUUGUAUGUCUUCUGCAAUCAAUUCAGGUCGAGUUGCUACCGGGACAGUUAUGCGACAUCGCCGUUUUCACGGGCAUCAAAUACAAUGGAGCGAACGCGUCCCUUGAAGCGCAAAGUGAGAGUGCCUUCAACACGUUCAAAUCGCUGCAGAGCCAUAAAGUUCGAUUGGCUGUAGCCUUAAAGACCGAUGAUGUGCCCUUUGAAUGGUCCCUACAUCCAAAAGAUGUAACGCGUUUUGCUUCAUCAGUGACGGCGUGGCUUCAUGAAAACGCUUUACAUGGCAUAGUUCUACUGGUGUCGCGAGCUGCUGGUGAAGAUGAUCCGCAUAUUUCGUUUGUUGAGGCACUCGUACGAAAAUUCAGGCGUUUCACGAGUAACAGAAAUAUGGAUUUAAUAGUGGCGUUACCUGCUGUGAAACGAGUCGUAGGAUAUCCCGAGUCCUUAUUUAGAAAUUCCGACAUGAUUAUUUUCAUGACACACCAACCAGAACAUGAAAAGACUUGCCGUGUUCAUAAUCCUUCUACAAUGUCGUCUAUGAGGAACGACUUCACUUAUUUAGAUACGACUGUGUCGCUUAUGAUGACAGUACAAAACAAAGUCAAAGCGAGCCCAAAAGUGUGCGUCUCAGUCAACCUCGCCGUUUUGAGUUUCGUGACAUCGGACGGAAAGCCGGAACUUGGAGUACCUUGUAAGAAGCAGGCCCUGCAUAAUUACGCAGAGACCUGUUCCACGGACAUUGGUGGAGAACACUGCGACCAUCCGAGCUUAUCUUGUUCAGCUCGAAAUGCUUCCCACUUUGUUACAUUCGAGGACGAGGAAAGUGUGCAGCUGAAGGUUCACUACCUAAAGAAACUCUUCCCCAAUGUCUGCGUUGCUGCUUUCAACGUGGACAUGGAAGACUCCAGUGGCAACUGCAUAAUGCGCCGUCCUUUUUCGCGGCUGUUGGCUAUACAGCAAGCAUUCAACCUACCAAGUCUUCUAGAAGGGCGCGCCGAUCUCAAUUGGAAGGCAUCAGCUGGGAACGGCACUUCACGAUCGGGGAAGUCCGGUAACCCUGCGUCCGAUAAAAGUCCACGACGGAGCUUGCCUUCAGAAGGCCGCAUGGUCUGCGUCUUUUCGCAAAACGCGUACUACUUGAGACGGUUUCCCGUUGAAUUAUGUACCCAUCUCGUCUACAGUCACGUAGAAUACGCAUCUGAGAACUCUUCAAUACUUCCUUUUCACGGCUCAGCAUUCCAGGCCUUCUUGUCGGUAAACCACCGCAACAGGACUAAGCGUCUGGUAACCUUGGACACAUCGCAGUUCCCUUUGCUGAACGAUGACUUCCUGGAUAAAGUCACCACCACGGUUGCCAAAUGGCUCUCUGGAAAAAAACUAAACGGUGUUGCACUGAUCACUCCACGAUGGUCGGACGCACAUCGAAUGCUGCGAGUUCUCAAGUUCCUGAGGUCCUACUUUGACAAGUAUGCGUUAGGACGCCUCCAAACAGUGGUCGGUCUUCCGCUUAUCAAGGACAGUAUUAUCCUGAAGGAGAUUGCCGAACAAACGAAUAUACUGAUCAUCAUGGCCCAUCACGAAGAAGGACCAUAUUGCGGUUCACCGCUGCCUGUUUUGAACACCUUUAAUGAACUUCUGAUGAUGCGCAUCUCUCGCUUCAUUGCGCAACUAGACGAAAAGAAACUUCCCACCCAUGUCUGUCCCUCACUGAGUUUUGCCGUUCUGCAAACGUCGUCGAAGGUCUUGUCCAAGAACCGGUGCUAUAAUGGCACUUUUGUGACUUACGAAAAAGCCUGUCCUUCGCAAGAGUACCCAACGAUGAUAUCCGAGGGUACACUGGACGCUUACCGGGAGACUGAAGACACUUUACAGAACUUCGAAACAGAAGAAACGAUCAUAGCCAGGAUGUCGACUGCUAAGAGGUUUUGGCCAUUGAACUGUGCCGCGAUUUUCCACGUUGACUACGAAGAUUUCGACGAAGACUGUCAUGCAAUGCAACCAUAUUCUCGGGUAAAGAUGAUGUCGCACCUAGUGGGAGUAAGUCACGAAAACAAGGAGAACAAGAAGCCUUCACAAGAACUGCCGAAUCAGCCGCUCAACACGACCAGAAUACGAACAUUGGUAUGUAUGGUACCACAGGACAUGCCAGACAUGAACACGUUUCCUGUCGAAGCCUGCGAUUAUCUCGUUUACACCGGCGAAAUACCCAACGGACGGGACCGGCAGGGAGCAGCGUUAGCGAGCUUUACCAGCUUCCUGGAAUACAGAGGACGGCCAGGUCUAAGCUUAGCUGUUGGGUUCAACUUCUCGUCUCUCGUGAGGGCCUCUUCUGACAGAUCAAGCCCCUUGUACACUGAGCUCAAGGGCAUGGGCGUCUGGCUCACCAGUAUGCGGUUGAAUGGACUAGCUUUGAUGGUCACUGACGAGGGCAGUGUGUCUGUUGAGAGUGUACUGUUCACCACUUCUAUGAUAAGGAGAGGGUUCAAACCAUCUCACCGGCUGACUCUCAUGCUGGUUAUUCAUCCCCCUGAGGAUUCUUUGAAAGCAUUGCUGUUAUCGAAGGACAUAGACAUGGUCAUCCUGAUGGCUUAUAGUACCGGAACGAAGGAUCUGUGCAAGACAGUGUAUCCAUCGAGCGUGCAGGAUACUGUGGCGAGCAGACUGGACAAGGCGAAGGCUAUUUUGUUGUCCAUAUUGGAACAGCCUUCUGAUGUUCAAGCAUGUUUUGCAAUAAAUUUUGGAGUGUUGAACGUGGGUACUCGCUGCAGUCAGGCACACUGGAAGAACUACAAUGAGGUAUGCCACGCUACUGGGGUGCAGAAAGUCGACAACUCUCUAGCAUUCCAAAACAGGAAUGGAUCUGUGUGGAUUUUUGAAAAUGAAGACACAAUAUCGUAUAAGGUUAUCCCCAUCGUGGCACGGUAUCCAGAAGCAUGUGUUGCUGGCUUCAACCUUCACUACGAAGACCACGAAGGUAGUUGCGACUCAAAAGGAACGAGUUAUCCACGGUUGCGUGCACUGAGGUCUGCUGUGGAUGUCCAAGUAAGCCCAAACGAAGAAGGAAAACCCCCAGCGGACCUCUCCGCAUCACACCCGAGGAGGCGUCGUGUGAAGGACGGCAGCGCGGUUUGCGUGUUCUCCUACAACGCUGUCGCCAUACAGCUGCCACCUGUUGGAACCUGCGACUACCUCGUCUUCGAGAGUGUCACUGUGGAUUUGGCCAAAGCCAGUAUCUCUGUACGGGUACCAAAGGCGCUCUUCGAUUCAUUUUACAAGCUGAGGUCCAGGAAAGACCUAAAGCUCAUUGUAGGUGCUACGAGCCAGUCGCUUCCCGGCGAAUUUUGCAUGAGCUCCAGACGUUUUCGACGCCUCGCGAGUAGCAUCAUAGAAUGGGUCCAAACCCGUAAACUACAUGGUAUCGCAGGUUUCCUGAAGACACUCCAUCGUACGCGGAAAAUUCAUGGAAUUUUACGCGCAUUGAACGAUGUUCCGACGAAACGCCACUACCAACCGUUGCUCGUGCUUGGAAUGCCGGUAACUUUUCCAGCGGACCUUAUCUUGAAAUAUGCAAGCUUGGUGAAUCUCCUCGUGCUGUAUACCCACCAUUACGCUAACCCUGAGCCUUGCAGGAUUGCACAUCCUGCAAACUUUUACGAGAAUCCGGCUUCGAAGUCCUCCAUGGAAGAGAUCGGCAAUAUCAUCCAGCAAGUCUCAAAGCGCACGGAUACUACGAUCUGUGCUUCUUUUACUAUGGCUGUCUUCAAGUUCGAGCUGCAUAACAGUGAUAGCUUCUCGUACGGUGACGAUUGCAGCAGCGUAGAGUGGAGCUCGUACAGCGAGAUUUGCAGGGCCAAGAAGGAUCAUGAGGAUCCUCGAGCCGUCCUGCCGCAUUUUCGUAAUGACUCGACUCUUUUUACUUAUGAGGACAGUGCCUCCGUGGAAAAGAGGACUAAGCACUUCUUGAAGAUACAUUCGUCUGGUUGCGUUGCUGUGUUCGACCUGGACAAAGAAAAUGCCGUGGAGAGCUGCGCAGAGCCUUUCUCCCGUGUACGAAAAAUACGCUCCCUUCUGAAGCCCACCGCUAAAACCAUUGCCAUACCUGUUCAGCCUACAAAACCCGUAGAACAGCAACCGCAACGGAACACACUGGUGUGUGCGGGGCUAACGAAGCUUACUCCUUACGUUGUCAGUAUGUGCGACUAUAUCAUUGUGUGUCCCAUAACUUACGACGUCUCGAAGGCCAUUGUUUAUCAACCAAAAGGCGUGAACUGGGUUGACGUCGCUAAGCACAGCGGCAAAAGUCGCAUGACAGCCAUGGUUGACGAGAAGAGCUUCAAGAAAUUGGUACUGGAGACACAUCUGAAGACUUUCGCUUCUAAGGUCACCAGCUGGGUGCGAAGAAAGGGGCUCUGCGGUCUUGCAGUUAUGCACACGGUUCAUUCAACAGCGGAAAGCAUUAUCAGCCACCUCCGGGCGGAGUCUUCUAGCACUAAGGCGCCCCUCAAGUUGAUUGCUUUAUUGCCUCCAGCGAAGGAGCCCGAAGAAGUUGCAUCGAUAGCUAGAUCCGUGGAUAUACUUGUCUUUUUAACUCACCGUUUGAAAGCCACGGGAAAGUGCAAGGUUGUGCUUCCGUCGGCUUUUCAGAAUGGGUCGGCUUAUCAUGAAAUUGGAACGGUGGCUGAACUCGGUGAGGAAGUUUACCUUCAAAGCCUGCAAAAGACGGAAGUUUGUUUCUCGACAAGCAUGGCAGUGAUCAAGGUCCAUUUGCAGCCGCAGAACACGAAGAUACAGGACGCAUGCGUUAAUGAAACAUGGGUUAACUACGCACAGACAUGCCCGACUGUCAGCGUGGGUACACAUCAGAGAGACUUGGCGCUCCAGGCCAACAUUUUCUUCAAUAAGUCCUACAUGAUGACCUUUGAGGACGAGCACACCGUAGCCUGGAAAGUGCGUCGAUAUCUGGAUGUGUUUCCACAGGGGUGUGUGGCAUCUUUCGCGCUUGAUCUGGAGGACGCCAGUGGAAACUGCACUGCCCGUAAUCGCUACUCUAGACUAUGGGCCGUUCGCUCAGCUCUAGACACCUAUGGGGUACAAAAAGUCAAAGAAGCGCCUCUGCGACACGAACCAGUUCCGGUGUUAUGCGCUCUGUCAUCCAAUGCGACUGUUCUGAAGUUUCCUGAAGGUCGAGUUUGUGACUACAUUGUCACACUCGAAGUUACCUACAGCGCUGAAAAGAAUGUCAUCAGACCAAUCACAGAUGACGCACUGGGCAGGCACAUGAAGUGUGACGUGAGCAUCUUCACCAAACGUCUGCUGCUUCUAAACCCACUAAGCCUCGACGCGUUGCGUGACGAAGACGACGACAAAAUUUUGUCAUUUGUUGCAAGCGUUGUGCAGUUCGCUAAACAAGUUUCUGCCGAUGGCCUGCUACUCAUAUCGAUCGAAACACUUGACCAGAAGUUGGACGAAAUAACGAAGACAAUAUGGCAAGGCUUUGCUAACGCGAACCCGCAUCCAAGAGACGAUAUGGGUGGUUUGACGCUGGCUGUCGGUGCUGCCAUUGAUACCUCUGAAACUGAUCUUGCUUUGGUUGAAAGCAUGGCGACGCACAGCGAUAUCUUGGUCUAUAUCCCACAACCUCAAAGUGCUGGUGAGGUGUGCAGUUCUGGAAAUUCUUCGAAGAUCUGCGACCUUAGCCCGUUUUCUAGCUCACUUAAACGCAUCAGAGACAAUCCUUCUGCCAAAGCAAGGAUCUGCCCAUCUGCGAGCAUGGCUGUCAGGGGGUAUUCUCAUCGAAACGGGGAAGAGUGUAGCGUUGCAAGAAGCCACAACUAUUCUGAGGUCUGCAACCUGUCCUCGAACCUCAAUAUUCUGAGGAACAAAACAUACAUACAAACUUGGGAGGAAUCUGAGGACGUUAUCGAAAAGGUGAAAGCCAUGUACGUGGCUUACAAAGCUACGUGCGUGGCUGUGUUCGAUGUAGACUACGAUGACGCAGCCGGCACUUGCUACAACAUGAGCACGCCCUUUCUUCGAGUACUCGAAGUAUCGAAUGCGAUGCGUGCCUUAUCAGCCCAUGGUGCCACUCCACCUAGGAACGUUUCUACGACUACAACCAGUGAUAGUACAGAAAGCACAACAUACUCAGAGCCACAAAGUGGCAGCUUCAAGACAGCCUUCAAUGUCACGGCGAGCUCUGACAAAGCCGUUACGAAAAAGACCCCCUUGUAUCCUGUCAAUGGCACAGCAACAACGGGAGCAUUAAAUCCUGUCGAAGUAUCGCAGGACGGCUCAACCUCUACUUACAUGGAGUCGUCGAGCCAAAGUACUCCCCCGUCUCAAGGUGAGCCAGAGGGCAAGGUGGAGACAUCAAGGAAGACCGUGACAGCGGGCGAAGAAGCUGGCGCUGGCAGUGUUACUGAAGCCGGUGUUGGAAGGAUGGGAGCGGCAAACUACACGUACAGUGAAGCUACUGUAGUUACCGCUUCAAUGGAAUCGACUACAAGAAAACACGUUACAAAACCGAGAGGUACAAAACCGAGAGGUGCAGUUACUACGAAAACUAAAACGAGGCGUCCAACCGAGAAAAAGCUGCCUUUACCGCACCCGAAAAGGAAACAUAAGACCUACCGAAAGCGAAACUACGCUACGACAAGCACACCAAGGAUCACCACACCAAGAACCGUUCCAGGACGCAGCACGAGCCGCGAUGCUACGAGCAUUAUUGUGGAACACCGGACAGAAAGCAGCUCUGUGGCAGCUACCACGGAAGAGAAAAUUCCAACAAGCUCCGCAUCAAGAGAAGCUACAGACGGUAGCAUCCUAGAUACCGUUCCUUUGCGUCACACAGGAAAACGUUUGUUGGAUAGCACGAGAACGACUUUCACAGCUGAAAGUUUAAGCACGCAAAGAACGGUUCCUGUUACUGACCACAGCGUAACUGAACAGACAACAGUACCAGCGGCAGAUAUUACAGGGACGCAUUCGGAAGCGUUAUCAACACAUGAACCAGCUCGUCGUGACGCCGAACGCACCCUGCUGUGCGUAUUCUCAACACAACAGAGGACGAGACCAGAGUUUCCCGCGAGGCUGUGCACCCACCUUGUCUACAUGGAAAUAGAGUACGAGAUCAACGAAGACAAAAUACACCCCUCGGACGACACUGAGUUUCGGACGUUCGUGGAAAUUGCCUCGAGCACACAGGUUUACUCCAUCGUGGGGUGGGUGGCCCGUACUCUCUUCGAUCACCCGAGCCGGGUGAUGGUGCAAUUCCUGGAAACACUGAAGAAAUGGCUUACCUACGCGUACCUGGACGGUGUUGCUCUCUUUCUGCCAACGCGGGAGCACAUAGUCAAUCUCGCUGUGCUCACUUCUAUGUUUCGCAAGGAAACGCCAGCUCAGGGUCAUAUUCUUGUUAUCGGAGUGCCACCAAGCAAGAGAGACCAGUCAACUAUUCGACAUCUUGCAAGAGACAGCGAUAUUUUAAUCCUGCUGUUCCACCGCAUGACGCCUGAGGAACACUGCAGAAUUCAUACACCGUCACCUACAAAAACGACAGACUACAGCUUCCUAAGGGAGGUAGCGGAAUUCUCAGAACGUGAACGCAAUACUUGCUUUUCGGUCAGCCUGUUCGUAUCUAACUUUAGUCUACUUCCGAAGCGUAUCAGUGUGGGAGAUGUUUGCGUAGAAGAAGAUUGGGUAAACUAUGCGGCGACUUGCGGGAAGGAAGUUUACCUGUCUGAUUCUGCUGCGUUUGCCGUUGCUGAGGAUAGGAAGCACAUGCUCGUAUUUGAAAAUGAAGAGACCCUAACGACCCAGGUCAAUACAUUUUUGGCAGAACUGCCUUAUGGAUGUGUAGCAGUUUUCGAUGUCAACUUCGAAGAUGAGCUUGGUCAAUGCAGUGACAAGCACAAGCAUUCGAGGCUAUCAGUUCUGUCUAGGCUUGUCACAGGCUGGAGUGAUCAGGAAACCACUCAGGAGACUGCCACACACACGGCCAAGAAGACUGCCCCUACGCAAGACACCAGUACAGUGUCGUAUCCCGCGGAGAAAGUGCCAAAGAAGAAAGUUUUCACGCCAGAUAUGCGUCCUCUUGUGUGUGUCUUCUCUGGACGAAGAACCCUGGGCCACAGUUUUCCUUCAGAUCUCUGUACCUUCCUGGUGUACACGGGAAUCACGUACAACUUCAAAGACGCCGUGAUAUAUGUUACAAACGGGCUGCAAGCAUUCCUGACACUAGCUGCGACCACAACGGCGAUUCCCAUCGCAGUCCUGGACCAUACGCCGGUCGUAGGGGAGAGUAAAACUGGCUCUCACCACCAGAUGGCCACUUUUCUGUCCACGUUGGUAUCGUGGCUGUCUCAGCAUGCCAUGCAUGGAGUCGCACUGUUUUCUGCGGGCGAUGACAUGAAGGCUUUCGCCGACGCCCUUGCUAUUCUUGUCCAGCAUUUUAAUAAUCAACAGACACCGCGACCACUAGCGAUUGUCGGUGCUCCAUUCUCGGCGAGGAAGUACGAUCACCUGGAAAGUCUGAUCUGCAACAGCGACGUAUUCGUCUUCCUCGCGCAUCGCCGGAAACCAAGGGACCCCUGCGCCGUACCACAGCAGUCGUCCUUCGCACUGACGAGCGAAGACAUUAUGUUUGCGAACGAGAUGCAGUCAUCGCAGAGUGUAAAGGCUCCCAUUUGCGUGUCUGUGAACUUGGCAGUCCAGAGCUACACGUUGCUGUCAAACGCAACUGGUACACCUUUCGGGAGCGUGUGCGUGGAGGAACGUUGGAAGAGCUACAGCACGGUUUGCAAUGACCAUCUCCAAACGGAGUACAUCAACGACACCGCUUAUCAAACGAACGGAAGUCACCUUUGGAUCUUCGAAGAUGACACUUCCCUGAACAAUAAGGUUGACCCUUUCGUGCGACAAGUUCAAAAAGGCUGUGUGGCCGCAGUAGCGAUUGAGUAUGAAGAGAACGAUGGAAAUUGCUCAACGAAACCUGCGUAUCCUCGUCUCAGUGCAUUGGCUGACCUGCUCUCCAGACCUAUCGCUUCUAUCAAUGUAGUAACGACUGCACCGCAGAAUGGUUCCUCGUCUCCGCGCAAGAACACAGGGGUACAGAGGAAGGCAAAGUAUGCUGCAACCUUGGGUUCGAGAUCCCUGGUGUGUGUUAUCUCAAAACUACCAGCAAAUGGCCGCUAUCCCGGCGAACUCUGCAGUCAUAUCGUUUUCAUGAGCAUUGACUACGACCUGGAGAGACACACUGUCCGAAGGACGCAAGAGCUGGAAGCUUUCCUCGAAAUGGCGAAAAAUAACGAAACGAACUAUUUAGUUGCCCUCUCACAUGUGCUUCUGAAGAGCAUCGAAGAUGAAGAAUACUAUAAGGAUGACUUCUUGCGAUCAGUCACAACUUGGCUGUCGAACCAGUCCCUCGAUGGGAUUGCUCUGUUCGGUCGUGGAAGUGACGAUCCUGAGCGUUUUGCUGAAACAGUUGCUCACAUCUGGGGUCAUUUCAAAUCACUAGCUCCAGAAACUACGUUGUUGGUUGGCGUCGACUAUGCACAAUAUGUUCAAAAGCAUAUGCCUGUCCUGGAAAGACUCGGCAGGAGCGCCGACAUUCUCAUAUUCACCUUCCAUCAAUUACUGCCGCCAACACAUUGUAAGGUCACGUACCCUGCGAGCGACGUGUACAACAGCAAUGUAUUUUCGUUCCUUCGAAGCGUAGCUAACCACACAUGCACAUGCCUCUCCUUCAACUUGGCUGUGAAUAGUUUCAAAGUUGCGACAACGGCAGCUGGACUUGGCGAUAGUUGCACUCAACAGAGUCAGAUUCCUUUUUCUGAGACAUGUGAUGCGGAGCUGAACGCUACCCAAGAUAAACACAGAGGUGUCUACUGGCAGAACUCGACUACAGUUCGGACAUACGAAGACGAUUAUAGCAUAGCGGUUAAGAUGGAAGAAUACUCACGGUUACAUCCUACAGGAUGUGCAGCAGCGUUUGGCACAGAAUACGAAGAUUUCGAUGGAAGCUGCACGAAACGGCGAAAAUAUUCCAGACUGAAGACGAUCUCAAACGCCCUCCACGAACAACCGGGUGCUCUGAUAUGCGUGUUUUCUACCAAUGCAAGGGGCGUCCCAAGUACCUUCCCUUCACGGCUCUGCACGUACAUUGUGUAUUCGUAUAUAUCGUUCAACACCGACGAGCAGCGGAUUGUGCCCAGCAAUGGGGCUUCGUUUGACUCUUUCUUAAAAGUCAAGAAGUAUAACACGAUGCCUUUGGCAGCGAUAUGUCCUGUUGCCCUCUCAAAUUUGAUAGCAAGCAGUGAAGCUCUUUCUAGGUUUGUGACGGCAGUGCUAGAUUGGCUCGUGAUCUAUUCAGUGAGAGGUCUUGUGAUAGUGCCAGCUGCAAGCACUCAUACCGCACAAGCGGUUGGCGUUAUCAGUGAGAUCUCGAAGACUCUACGACAAGUCAGAGACAUGGUCCUUCAGGUUGUCGUCGGUGUGCCAGCGCCGUGGACCGACGUCGAUGCUGUAAAACGCAUCGCGGAAUAUGCGGAUCUGAUACUGUACGUUACACAUAGCCUGAAACCGCAUGGCUCUUGUACACUAGAACCGUCAUCACCCGGGUGGGACAUCAUAGCGUUCAAAUUGAAUAUGAAAUCCUUAGAACAAACAAAGAUGCCAACUAUUUGUCUUACCUUGAACUUUGCUGUGAUACACUACGAAAUGAAGAGCACGACACCUAACUACGGGGACCCGUGUCUUAGUGAAAGCUGGGAAAGCUAUUCCCAGAUGUGCAACAAGACUGCUACUCAGAAGCCGGGUUGGACACGAGUUUAUGAAUGUGAAAGAAGCACCAAGGAAAAGACAUCUGCCUUUUUGGAGUCUUACCCCAAAGGAUGUGUUGCGGCAUUCGCUGUUGACAUGGAGGAUGAAAACGAGUGUCUCUCCCGCCCCGCUUAUCCUCGCCUGCAGAUAAUUUCCUCUCUUCUGGGACAGUCGAUAGAGCGGGACAAUGUUUCACACAACGCUAGUACAACAGCUCCACGGGUUGAGGUUGAGGGAAGAAAAUACAUGAAGGGGACGGCAAGGAGGAAGUCUACAGGGCCACUGGUGUGCAUCUUCUCGCCUUCUGCGCCAAUGCCGGUUACCUUCCCGAACGAACUUUGUGCGUUCGUGGUGUACACUUAUGCGACGUACGAUAUUCAGCGUGGCGUCAUCAAUGCAUUCCUUGAGGAAAGACUCGAGAAAUUCAUCAAACUCGUGGAUAAACGCAAGCGGACCGCUCUCGUGGGUCUUUCUCCAACAGAACUGAACGCUGUGGACGCUGCGGACAGCAAAGCCAUCGAUUCAUUUACGCGUUCCGUGAACGGUUGGCUUCAGAACAAUCACCUAGGGGGCGUGGCGAUGUUCUCGACGGCACUUACGGAUAUCGUGAACUUUGUUCGCGUCGUUGAGCACCUGUGGAAGCACUUCCAUCAGCCUCUCGAGCUUCCGAAACAUGUAAUUGUCGGCAUACAAGGUGCAGUAAGCCGGACCGAAGAAGCUGAACGUAUUGCCAGAGCUAGCGACGUGCUUAUCAUCCUGACGCUGCCACUGGUAGCUUCUGCUUCGUGCAGAAUUCUUCCUCCUAGCCCACCAAAUAUAAUAAGCGACCUGUUGCACCAGAAGAAUGCACUCAAUGGAACAAGUCACCUCAUUAGCGCAUGCUUGUCCAUCAACCUCGCCGUUCUGACCUUCGAAAUCAAGGAUGGACAGUACUCCUUCGGAGAAAGUUGCGGUACGGAAACAUGGGCAAAUUUUGCACAGACUUGUCCGAAGAACAACGUUCGGUCAGACAUUGAUGAAGGUGUGGUGACUGCAGUACGCAAGAACGACACUUUCAUUCAGACAUUUGAGAAUGAUCGGACAAUCGGAAUAAAGUUCAAACGCUUCUUGAAUGACCAUCCAAAAGGAUGCGCCGCUGUCUUCAAUGUCGAUUAUGAGGACUGGAACGGCUCCUGCGAAAGCCGGAGUCCUUACUCGCGCCUCCAUGCCAUCUCUCGUUUAUUGUCUUCAGGGUCUGAACAAUCUAGUACGCCUAACGAACAUACACCUCCAGGUACGACGGCUGCUUCAGAUGCUGCAACGACAAGUGCAAAACGCACAGAAGAAACGAGCACAACAGCAGAAAACACCGAAGGUCGACCGAAUGUCACGGCAAAGCCUACGAGAAGAUGGCACAGGAGGCACACUGUUCUCACGGAACAGGCAACGUGGAGAACGUACGUGAAACGUACGACAACUCAACAACCGAGGAAAAGCACACUCGUCUGCGUCCUUUCCUCUGCCGCCCCCAUACCGCCUCCCUUCCCUGAAGAUGUCUGUCAAUACGUCGUGUACGCGUACAUAAAUUAUUAUGCGGAAGACAAUAUCGUGGAGGCCAGUCAUGUGGAGAAUUUCGAACAUUUUCUAAAGUCACUUCGCGAAACCCGUGCCACACCGAUUGGUGCCAUCGCACCCAUCACGCUGAAUGCGCUGGAAGUGCAAGACCAGGAACGGAUGGACGAGUUUCUCUCGGCAGUGACGGCCUACGUAAAUGAAAAGUCUCUAGGUGGAAUUGCAGCUUUCCCACCGAGGUCUCUCCCUCCUUCUGACCUCGCGGAUCUUGUUGAUGUGAUGUGGUAUAGCCUCCACGCCACGCCGGGACACCAGAAGAGGUUGCUGGUUGGUAUCCGAGAACCUCUGCGUGACAUCGCCAUAAUGAAACGUCUGACGCUAACGAGUGACCUGGUCAUCGUGAUCACGCAUCCGUUGGUUCCAGCGGGUGAUUGUCGCAUUGCUCCUCCCAAUUCAGGAAACUAUGAGGAACUAUUCAAGGACAUGAAGCACCGAUACACGGACAUUCAUCCAGACGCCGAAGUCUGCUUCGCCAUCAACUUCGCUGUGCGCACCUUCUUGCUCGAUGACCCUAAAGGAAGCUUCGGAAGUACGUGCCUGUCUGAGAGCUGGGAGAGCUUCGUUGAGACGUGCCCCGCAAAAUAUACCAUUCGAACGGAGGUUGACAGGACGUCUAAUAUAGCUUUUCGAAGAAACGGCACUGUCUUCCAGGCCUUUGAGACGAAGCACACGUUAUCGAAAAAGCUCAAGUCGUUCCCAAAACUUCACCCUCACGGUUGCCUGGCGGCGUUUUACGUCAAUUUCGAAGACUACAAAGGGGAGUGCAGAAGUCGUACCUCGUAUUCUCGCCUAGAAGUCGUUUCCAGCGCCCUGUCACGAAACCCAGAUAUGCUACGAAACGCGACGGGUACGACAGCCAGCAGUGCCACGACAAUUUCUGUUCCAGGAACACCGGUGUCACAUCCCUCAACAUUGGCGGAUGCAUCGUCGACUCAAACACAAGCCGACAAAGGUCACUCUCCAGGCUACUUGAUCUGCGUACUUUCCUCAGUCAACCAGCUUCCCUCAAGGAUCCCACCGGCCGUUUGUCAUUACCUUGUUUACAGUUUCGUAGCAUACAUAGCUGAAGAAGACUCCGUAACGCCCAACGAUGAGGAACGGUUUCAAAAGUUCCAACAACUUGCGGAACACGUUAGAGCUACACCGGUUGCUGCGGUGGAACCUGAUAUGCUGGAUAGUUUUCUGGACAGGACCGAUGCGAAUCAGACAGUCUUCUUGGAGGAUUGUGCAUACACCGUAAUACGGUGGGUGAAUCGGAAGUCCCUUGGAGGAUUGGGUUUGUUUACGACCAGGAAUACUAUUGUCGAACGCUUUGGAGACUUGGUCAACAAAAUGUGGAUGCGCAUACACAGCAAGGAAGCGAAGAAGACUCCGAAGCUGCUCGUUGGGGUGCACACGUACCAACUCGAUGCAAGGACGGCUGAGGGAUUUUCAAAGUCUAGUGACAUGUUUAUCUUUUUAUCGGUGUCUAUCACACUUCCUUCGUCUUGCAAGAUUCGAGCUCCAACGUCUCCGAAUAUCAUCAACGAUUCACUUAACCUCAACCCUCAGAAGUCCACUCAACUGAACAACGUCUGCAUCAGCAUCAAUCUUGCUGUGCACGUUUAUCAGAACACCCUGAGUAUAACUAGGCUCGGAGAUAACUGUACAAGAGAGAAUUUGGAAGGUUAUGGGAAGGUAUGUCCGAUGGCACGGUCAGAGGUUCAGUACGACAGUCAAAGCAUGACGAAUUUCCUGCACGACGGCAACCGCUUACUGACUUUUGAAGAUGAGUUAACUAUCGCUUCCAAGAUGACGGCCUUCCAGGAAAUUUAUCCCAGUGGCUGUGCGGCGGCGUUCGAUAUUGAUUUCGAAGACGUCGAAGGCACCUGCAGAAACAGGGAAAGCUUCUCGCGUCUGAAGGCAUUAGCGAGAGUUGUUUCCAUGGAAGGGCAAGGGCCAUCGACCACGACGAUUCAGACUACAAGGCUCACUGCAUCCACCGCAGUCGACAUCCCAAAAGAGAGAGGUACCAAAAGGACAGAUAACGUCGAGAAAGCUCGUAAACGUUUACUAAUAUGCGUUCUAUCAACCGUCGCUGACCUCCCCACCGAGCUACCAUCCGACAUGUGCGACUACCUUGUCUACUCUUACAUCACGUACAGCUUCUCGAAACGCACAGUUCAGCCAAACGACGAGGCAAGGUUCGCAAAGUUCGAGGGCCUUGCCAAGAAGAGCGGUGCAACGACUGUCGGCUGUGUCGUUCCCUCCUUCUGGAGCCGAUUCAGCAGGAAAGGCCCAAAGGCGGUGAACGACUUCGUGACGGGCAUCACCCUGUGGGCUGAGCGGAGGUCGGUAGAUGGCAUAGCCGCGCUUUCGACGCCAAGUACAGACAUGAUCCGCUUCGUCCGUGUCGUGCAGGAACUGUGGGAGAGCCUCCACAGCUUGCCAUCCGGAAUAAAACUUAUUGUUGGCUUCCACCCUUCGACGGGGAGCUCUCUGCAGAAGCUCGUGACCACAAGCGACAUCACUAUUCUCAUGACGCAUAGGCUCUCCCUCACCGAUCCCUGUGAAGUGACCCAUCCUUCCACGACACUGAUGACGACGGACAGCUACAGAGUUAUUCUUAAUCACACAUCAAAGACCACUGGCCUGAAUCGAGUUUGCAUGGACAUCAACUUGGCUGUCAUGCGAUUCCAACAGAAUUCAACUCGUGUCACUUUUGGCGAUCGCUGUCUCAAAGAGAGCUGGGAAAACUACGCGGAGACUUGCCCGAACACAACCAAGAUGUCCAGCGAGGAAGAUUCGGUUUCUGCGUAUCAGACCGGCAUGGGAGUCCUUCAGUCUUACGAAACUGAAAAUAGCGUCGCUGUCAAGGAACUGACGUUCAGUGAAGUGUUUCCGAAAGGAUGCGUAGCUGCAUUCAACGUGGACUUCGAGGACUUUAACGGGAAAUGCUUGGCGCGGGAGCAGUAUUCCAGGUUGAGGACUAUAGCAGUCUCGCUUUUGAGCGGUGCAUGAAGGCGGUGAUGCGGAACCAUCGUGCUUAUUUCCUCCAUGAAUAAAUAACAUAUUGAUAAGGUA